CUAAUUGUAGACUUACCUGUUUGCAACAAAUUAAAAAAAAAACUUUGUAGACAUAAAACGUAUGAUUAAUGAUGUUUUCUCUUUGCAUAAACAUACACAUUUGGUGGGGUUUUUUGUUUUGUUUUGUUUUUGAGGGGGGAAGCAUGGGUACAAGGGUGCUACCGUGUGAAAGCAACUGAAAAUACUGAGGAUAAUCGCUGCCCAAGACUUCUUUCAAACAGUAGCAGAAAUAAAACCUUGCAAAGAAACAUGCAGUAGAAUUUGAAAGUCCACAGUGAAGUUUAACAAAGUAUCUUUGAAAACGUAACGAGAAAGAAAUAUAAAAUGUCCAGCUUGGAAACGUUCCAUAACAGCUGGUACUACAACAGCUUCUCGAAAAUAGAAAAAUAGUCAAUUGAAUUAACAUUGAUACUCCACUUGUACAAAGGGAGGACAGAUAAAUUUCUAACGAGACAGCUUCCUUUUUUUUUCUUGCAAUCACUGGCGUACGGGCGCUACACCUACGAGGUAUGGCAGGUCACGUGACGCAGGUGGAGCCGCGGGGACACCUCCCCAGCCCCCUGUACACCUAUAGGUGUGUCAUACAGACACCUCCGACAGUCGCACACGUCUACCUGGUCUGGAAGCCGGCGACAGAAGGCUCUUGUCCUCAAAGCAUCUGCACAUCAGAACACCAGUACGAGUGUCGUUCAACAGAAGCUGACGUCAUCCUAACUGCCAUCUUCACACAGCAGCCGCCAUCUUGACACACGGUCCAGCGCCAUGGGAAUCAGGGAAGGAUGCGUGGAGGCUACUCACCUGACGAGGCUGACGAUCGUGUUGCUGUUUCUGGGCAGUGUCAGCAGCUGGAUCGCAUUCUGUACCGACUCCUGGUCCUUUCGCAGCACCGACCAAUGGAACAACAUCGAAGGUUUCGGACUUUGGCGGCGUUGCUGGCUCAACGGAGACUGCGUCACCACCGACGGCACCCGAGAAGAAUGGUACGCCGGGGUGCAAUCGUGUGAAGUUUUCGCUUUCAUGGGAAUGAACAUCGCCGCCAUCCUCGCCAUCCUGUACGCCUUCAAGAAGUCCUGUCGGUACAACACUGAGGUCAGGGUGGGCAUCGUCCUCGGCGGCAUUGUGGGAGGCGCUGGUCAUCUGACUGCUGUUAUUGUGUUUGGCAUCCUGAGGAGGUCGUUAUAUUCGUCGACUUACAUACGAGAGCAGCUCGGUUUCUCCUACGGUUUCGCAGUUGCCGCCUCCUUCUUCUCCUUUGCCUCUGCCAUCGUCACCGCCAUCGACAUAUUCGUGUCGCCCACCAGCAGCCCACCCCGUUCAAAAGGUGAAGUUUACGACAACACCCCUAUCUAAAGGUGGAAAACACCAUCCACAAC